AUGCUGUCCGGCGCUCUCCUGCUGGCUCUUCUGCCCGUCAUGGCCCUGGCCUCGCCUGUGCCUCCGACUUUCUACGGCUUCGGCUGCUCGGCCGGCGACACCUAUUGCAACUUCAAAUUCAAAUUCAAUCGGGCUUUCGACCACGGCCCGGGACCCGAAGCUCUUGCUUCCGCCGCUUGCCACCGGCUCGAAUCGAUAGCGCUGCCGGCGGUCGCGGCGUAUGCGAGCUUGACUGAGGAGAACUGGUCCCAGUCGUAUUGGCUACCCGCAGCCCGCGUAGCUGUGCCUACCGGCGCUGCCGAGGUCGGCCAUGCACCGAGCCCUUACGAUGCUUCUAUCAACGCACAGCCCGUCCUGAUCGCUCUGGACAAAGUGUUCCACGUUGCCUACAACCCUGCAACGACGCUCGUCACGCUCGGCGCCGGCUAA